UGCCAGAAUGCAGCAACCCGUGCGCGCCUCGCAGCCACCGUAGAGGAAGAACGCCCUCCGUGCCCCACAGAGCUUCUCGUCUUCCAGCCGGCACACUCGCCAACACGAUGGCUGAAGGAGGCGGACCGGACUCGGGCGGCUCAGCGGACUCCGACUCGGAGGUGCCAGCCGCAUCCACGGAAAACCAAAAACAGACUAUUGGUUCUCUAAUGAAGACCACGCUGAGGAAGGGCGACGAAUGGUAUCUAGUGGACAGCCGCUGGUUUAAACAGUGGAAGAAAUAUGUGGGCUUCGACAACUGGGACAUGUACAAUGUUGGAGAGCGUAGCCUCUAUCCAGGACCCAUUGAUAACUCAGGCCUGUUUUCGGACCAGGACAAACAGGUCCUGAAAGACCACCUUAUAGAUGAGUUGGACUAUGUCCUUGUGCCCACUGAGGCAUGGAAUAAGCUUGUCAGCUGGUACAGCUGCCUGGGUGUCCAAAGACCCAUUGUCAGGAAGGUUGUUGAACAUGGAAUGUUUGUCAAACACUGCAAGGUGGAGGUCUACCUGCUGGAGUUGAACCUGUGUGAGAAUGAUAACAUGGACAUUGUGGUUACACGCCACUUCAGCAAAGCUGACACUAUUGAUACCAUUGAGAAAGAGAUGAGGACACUGUUCAAUAUUCCACGUGAAAAGGAAACAAGGCUCUGGAACAAAUAUAUGAGCAAUACCUAUGAGCAACUGAACAAGCCUGACAGCACUGUACAGGAUGCUGGCCUCUUCCAGGGGCAGGUGCUUGUGAUUGAGCGCAGAAAUGAAGAUGGAACGUGGCCCAGACAAGCCUCUCAUCCCAAGUCCAGUACAACCCCAUCUAGGACUUUCACCACCUCCCCAAAACUCUCCUCCAGCUCUUCCGCCAGUAUCUCUUCCGCCGUCAUCAAUGGAAACAGCACUUGCGGUGCCGGUUACACGCUGAACAACAGCACCACGACUGGCAGCAGCCUCGGGGGUUAUAACUCCUACAGCUCCUCUUACAACUAUAGAGACUCCCAGUCCCAGCCUGGCCUAUGUGGUCUCAGUAAUCUAGGCAACACGUGCUUCAUGAACUCUGCUCUCCAGUGCCUGAGCAAUGCGUCACCGCUCACCGAAUAUUUCCUCAACGACCAGUACGAGGCCGAGAUUAACCGAGGCAAUCCCCUGGGAAUGCGGGGCGAGAUUGCAGAAGCCUACGCUGAUUUGGUGAAGCAGAUGUGGCUCAGUCGGAGCAGCUCUGUGGUCCCACGUACCUUCAAAACCCAGGUGGGGCGCUUUGCUCCCCAAUUUUCCGGCUUUCAGCAGCAGGAUUCCCAAGAGCUAUUGGCCUUCUUGCUCGACGGACUCCAUGAAGAUCUGAACCGUGUAAAGAAGAAGCCUUAUCUGGCCCAAAGGGAUGCUGAGGGCCGUCCUGAUGAGAUAGUCGCAACGGAAGCCUGGAAAAACCAUCGCUUACGCAACGAUUCAGUCAUCGUCGACAUCUUUCAUGGCCUCUUCAAAUCCACUCUGGUGUGUCCAGAGUGCUCUAAGGUGUCUGUGACCUUCGACCCCUUCUGCUACCUCACUCUGCCUCUGCCCAUGAAGAUCGACCGAACCAUGGAGGUCGUCCUUGUGCGAUCAGACCCGCAGUCCAGACCUACACAUUACCGAGUUGUGGUUCACAAACUGGGCACAGUGACGGAUUUGUGCAGCGCCUUGUGCAGACUCUGUGGAAUUCCUCCAGAAAAUAUGGUGGUGGCUGAUGUUUAUAAUCAUAGGUUCCAUAAAAUUUACAGAAGGGACGAUAGCCUCAAUCAAAUUAUGGAUAAAGAUGACAUCUAUGUGUAUGAAGUGCAGGAGGAGAAUGGCGAGACGAUGAACCUCCCAGUCUAUUUUAGGGAGCGACAUUCUAAACAUGCCGGAAGCUCCUCCAGCACCACGCUGUUCGGCCAGCCUCUAGUCAUCACCGUGCCCCGGCAAAACCUCAUUGCAGACGUUCUUUAUGAGAAGAUCCUUCAGAGGAUUGGGCGUUAUGUAAAACAUCCACUGAGCGUGGGGAUUGAAAGCAGAGCCUCGGCUUCAGCCACCUUUGCCAGCUGCAGUCAAGUUGCUGAAUGUUCCACGUCAUCUGUUGGCAAUGCCAGUCUGGGUGGCUGCAGCAGUCCUCUGUCGGACGGGGCCACCUGCAGCGCCAGCUCCAGUAAUGGCAGCAACCACUCGGGGACUUGCACUGAAACCAACGGCGUAUAUGAUGGUGAGGAAGAGGCCAUGGACCAUCAAGUGAGUCCAGAGCCACAUCACGGCCAGCCUGAGAAGGAGGAAGAGGAGGCAUCCGAUUUGGAAAACGGGCCGAAAGAGGACGAAGCCAAGACUAGUUCCGUAACGGCCAAGCUCUUCACAUUCAGCGUUGUCAACUCUUACGGAACAGCCAACAUCAGCCCUCUGCCGUGUGACGGAAACGUCCUCAAACUUAAUCCACACUCCACUGUGGCCAUCGACUGGGACCCCGACUGCAGGGAGAUGUGUUAUGAUGAACAGGAAGCAGAGGCAUUUGAGAAGCAUGAUAGCAUGCUCCAGCCCCAGAAAAAGAAAGCCACCGUGGCUCUGAGAGAAUGCAUCGAGCUCUUCACAACCAUGGAGACACUUGGAGCUCAUGAUCCAUGGUACUGUCCCACGUGCAAGAAACACCAGCGGGCCACGAAGAAGUUCGACCUCUGGUCGUUGCCUCGUAUCCUGGUCGUUCACCUGAAGCGCUUCUCUUACAACAGAUGCUGGAGGGACAAACUAGACACUGUGGUGGAUUUUCCCAUCAGGGAUCUGAACAUGUCAGAGUUUUUAUGUGACCCCAAGGCUGGGCCUCACACGUAUGACCUUGUCGCUGUGUCCAACCAUUAUGGAGGAAUGGGUGGAGGCCACUACACGGCGUACGGCAAGAAUAAAGUGGACGGAAAGUGGUAUUACUUUGAUGACAGCAGUGUGUCGGCUUCCUCGGAGGACCAGAUUGUGACUAAAGCAGCCUACGUGCUGUUCUAUCAGCGCCGGGAAGAAGAAGGUCAGCCCUGCCCCUCGCUGGGAGGAGCCGCUGCUGACGACCACAUGGACUUGAAUUGAAAACAUCACGGCAAACUGACACGCAGAAGCUGCUUUCGUGGCAAGACUAUCAAUGUUGUCCCCACCAUAACAAUAUCCUCUUUUAUUCAAAUCUACAAUGUUGUCAGCUGACCCUUGUGAGGAUAAGAUGAUUAGAAAAUGGAUGGAUGUUGUCAGCUGACCCAAGAGAGUAAUAAGUAAAGCUACGUAGUUAGUUAAGAGGUGAUAAACGGUCACUCUGGAUGACCAAAAGCUUGAUGCCCUCUUUGAAGCAGUACGAAUAUUUUCUAAAAGCCAAAUGCGAAGCUCAUCUCGACCAAAGUGUUCUGAGGUGCGAAUGAAAGUUCAUUUUAAUGAGCCUGCUGUGAGAUACCAACUCCACUUUUUCUGGACAUGACUUUGGCUCUGCUGUCUCCGAAACCAAAACAAGCAGCAACCCCCCACAGGCACGCAACCUCGGUUGUGUGCAAAAAGCGGCCUUUAGUUUGCUGCUACAUGAGGAGGCACUUUGAUUUGUGAAUACAACAUCUACCUGCUUCUGGUAUCCAGCCUGGGCAUUCAGGGUUGUUAUCUGUCAUAGAAUUUCGAGGCACUAACAGCUUGUGAUAAAUCAUUUAAAUGAAUGCACCGCUGUCUUGAAAAGGCUACAUUGUUUGAUAUCUGACAAGCACAUCAAAUUAGGAGACAUAAAGUAGAGCUUUAUUGAAAAAGAUUUAUCGUCCUGGUUAGUCUGCAUAUUAUUCGAGGGAGGCAGGACCAGCAGCAUCCAUUCAUUGAUCUUACUCCAAUGUCCUAGACGGACGGAAUAGAUUCUCUUUAUAUCCGACUUGCCUAUAAUUAAAAAAAAUCCAUUUCAGCACAGUUUGUGGAUGUUGGAAUGUGCCGUUGAUUCUAAGGCACCUAAAGUUUUUGUCGUGGCAAUUAAAUGACUGGUCGUCAUCACAGAGUUCUUCUACUGGGCAAACACCACUGCUUUCCAGAUGCCACUGACAUGUUUGACCUUUGGGUCACUAAAUCCAAAAGAAUCCAACCUAACUGAAGAGAUGUAAAUAAUCACACUAUUUUAAAUAGGUGUAAACAUUCUUGUCCUCAUAUUUAUCAUGCUGAUAUCUACAGGAUUUGUUUUUAAAUGGAAAAUAUUUGAAGUCAAACCACAAUAAAGACUGGAUGCCUCAA